GUUUCGUUUCGCGUCAUGUCAUACUUAUCAAUUUCUUUGUAAACAAUGCGCAGCGAAUAAAUUACUUCUUUAAAAUUAUGAAUAAUUAUAAAACUAAAGUAAGUUAUGACAGUCCGUGUGACUCAGAUAAUGACUGGACUAACUCCUCAGAUGAUUCAAAAUAUUCAGAUUCAGAAAGCUCUGUACCUGAAUGGGAUUCCGAUGUUGGUGAAGACGGAGAAUUAGUUUACAUUAAAAUUAAGAAUGAUAACGAAACCACGGAUUUCACGAAGACACCUCUUUUGGAAAACUGUGAAACUUUUAAACUGAGAAACAACUUUAAAAGAUCUUCAACCCGACGAUCUACAAAAGGAAGAAUAUUUAAGGUAUUAAAAUCUCACAAGACAAAAAAUGCAGAGAGCACAAGAAAAGGAGAUGAUGGAGCAUCUAAUGUCAACAGAAAUGUGCUUUCUGAUGAAAAGCUUAUUAUUGUUCAGGUCAGCAAAAGCAUGAUAUUCAGCAGUGAAAAAAAUUGCCAAAUAGAAAAACUCUUUGGUCUAAGCCUAGAGACACAUGCUGAUGGCAAAACUUUAACAGUUGCAGAUUUUUUAACAGAAGCCAGAGCUAUAUACACUCCUAAAGUGGAAAAAGGAUGUUAUUUGCUGAAGAUAAAUGGCAUUGAAGUGAACUCUUACAACAUAAAUAAUAUUCUUCAGAGAGUUGUCGAGGACCAUAACAGUCCAAGACUAACAUUCCAAGUGCCAACAGAAGGCCAUAAGGUGGAUUUGGAAAGAUUACUGAAGUCUAAAACUGCUCCAGAAAAUUCUCUGACACAUCUACUGAAGGAAUCCCUCUGUUCAGUUCUAUACAUAUGUUGUAAUGACAUUGAAUACAACAGUAAUGAUGAUAAAGGAGUACUGUAUUGCUAUCCAAGACCUUUUAAUCAGAAUUUUCUGUAUAACACCAGAGGGGCUUAUGUGACCUUGAACCAUUUGGCUCCAAAAUCUUUAGGAACCAGUGAACCUACAACCUCUACAGUACUCCAUAACAAUUCUUUGAUCAACAUUACUUUCACUUCUCAUUACAAUGAUUUAUUGCUGGUUGCUUUUCCCAACAAAGAGAUUGAUUUGUUUGCUGCGAAAAAAGUAAUAGCAGAUAUAGUGAGGUUGCUAGAAUUUUUAUAUGGUUCUUUGAAAUCAAGUUUUACUAAGCCAAAUAAUGUUGAUAAGUUGGAUAGUCUUUUUGCCCGGGUUUUUGUUACUUUGGUUAUUAAUAGUAGAGGUAAUAAAGAAAAUGAUGGAAAGAACGCUGGCUUGUAUUUUGAAGAUAUGUUGGCUGCUCACUCUGUCACACUGCCCUUGGAGGUCAAGGUGCAGGUUGAUGAUGCUAUUACGGAACUGGAAGCUGCUGAUUAUAGGGAAUGGACAGACGACAUAGAAAACUUUCAAAGGCUGUACACAGUAAUUGGAUCAUGUUUAUACUACUCCGGACACCUACUAAGCUCACACUUGCAAGAUGAAGACUUGAAGGAAAUAAAUGCAUAUUUAAGACUAAACGGUAUCCUGAAGCUUAGCACAGAGAAAGAGUUGGAGAAGCUUGUUUUUUGGAGAGAAGUAUUCAUUAAUGAACAUAGGAAACAGAAUAAGAAUGAUGGGAAUGAGUUCAGAAUUUCAGACGGCCGUUGGUUUCUUCUUACUGUUGGUAAGGGUCAUUUUGUAUUAUCAACAUUGAUGGAAGCUGGUGGAUGUACAGAAGAUGCAGUAGGUGUGACCCCGCCAUCUCCGUUCUACGUGGAAGAGUGUGAAAGUUGUCUAGAGUUAUUGUACGAUGUUGGAUUGAACAAGUACCUGGUGUCUUUGUUCAGUUCCAACUCACAGCCACAAGUUGAAACGUCACCAGAAUAUCUAACCAAGUACGGAAGGAAAAUCAGAGAUAUUAAUUCUCUAAAACCAGACUCGACACUCAAAACAUCAACCCUGAAAUUAUCGAAACAGACAGAGAAACGGCGUCACAAUUCUUCAGAACAAAUCAAUGUGGGAUCGAGUACUAGUGAUAUGAAUUCAAUGAACUCUCUAACUAAUUAUGGCAGCCACCAUAGUCUGUACGCACAGACUUAUAGUACUGCUCAAAAGUAUAGACAUUCUAGCUUGGAUGUCAGUUAUUCUGAGGAUUCUAACAGCUUGAAGAGUAAUAGUGAAGUGAGUGAAGAACGGAUACAGGGUAGAAGAGCGGAUAGAGAACAAAGAAACCGUCGGGAUUCGUCUGGCUCGGAUUCAGAUUGGGAUAGAUUGGAUCGGAGCAGAACCAGUGGAAGUUUAGACAUGUCUGAUAUAAGAAAGUCUUUGUUGAAUGAAAUUAAUCAUGUUACUGCACAGAGAAUCACAGCAGGCGAAGAAAAUGUUCUAUUUCAUUUUGUACACUUGGAAUCUGAGAAAGGAGUAUUGAUAGCACCAGUAAAGAACAUAGAAGUUCUAGCUAAUAAUGCACUUUACUCUUACAUAGUGAAGACGUUCAGAUCAGCUUGUAAGCAAAUACAUGAGUUGCUGCAACAUAGUAUAAGAUUCAAGAAAAACCACGCGCCGUCCAAUCCUUUGAACAAAAUCUUGGUGGCGGUGAAAGAGCAUGGAAUGCUGUUUCAGGCGCCUGUUGAUAUACUGAGCCAGUGCGGGGUUAGCAAGAAGAAUUGUGAGCCAUACCUGUUUUGGGUUGUUGGUCGAGUUUUCAGUGAACCAGAGCCAAGAGAAUUAUAUUUAUGCUACCACGAGUCUGUGCCCCAAGAUCUCACUGAGGUUGCUUAUUUGCUCUCUUAUUUAGAAUAAAAAUAAAAAAAAGAUUAAUUAAGAGUUUUUUAUAUGUUAUAUCUUUUAUACGAAAUAAUCCGUCCAUUACAAUAUGAAGUAAAGACUAAAUUGUGAUAUUUUAUGAAAUAUACAUACUUAUACACUUUGAGAUUUGUUUAAUUUUUUUUUAACCCAAUAAAUAAAUAUUUAUUAUGUAACUAUUUAAGAAAUCGUAAAAUGGUAUGGUAAAAUAUUUAGGCAAAGUGAACUGUGUUGUUUUGCCGUUAUCAUAAUAGGCUCUUGUUAAGUAUGUUGUGUAGUUAAUAAACACGUGUAUGCACAUAUUUGACUACUGCCGACA